AUGGAUCGCCGACCUGACAAAUCCGUGCUGCCAGGUCGGUUCUCGGAGUCUGACUCCUCGGAAAAGAAUUUACCUCCUUUCAAGAAACCAGCUGCACAAGCAAGCAGCUCCAAGGGUUGCAAGAAUCCAAAGGGAAUUCCCAAGUCAACAGCUGGGGAUGAUGAUGACCGUGAGGCCACCACUGACACUGAAAUUGAUGAUGCCCCAAUUGAUGAAAAUUGCCCCUUAGGCGGUGCUGAACAUGAUGACGAUAACGAAGAUGGUGAUAGCGGAUUAGUUGGUAUGUCCAAAGCUUUGAAAGCUUCCCGUGAGAAGGCCCUGAAAGGCCGUCGUCGAAGGAAGUCUGACUUCCAGUACCCGGACAACCAGCUGGGGAUGCCUUCCGAUUACUUCAAGCGCAUGGGCGCUGCGACCUCCCCUGCUGCUGGAGAAGAGCCUUGCGGGCAUGGAUCUGGAAGUGCUGGAGACGGGCCUGGUUCCUACUCCCAUGAUGCUGCAGCGACGCCGAUGGAAGAGCCUGGCGCCACAUGUGGCGGUACCCCUGCACCGCCUGCCAAUGGCGGUCACGGAGCUGUUGGGGUUGAAGCAGCUCGUGCUGUGGCUGUGGCGUUGGAUCUGGAUGGAGCUGUGGUCACACGCGAGUUGGUGGCGAAAACCUAUGAUGCUGUGUGCAAGGCGUUGGUGUUGGUUGAAAGAGCGGGAAUGGCGUGUGAGGAUUUUCCAUCCCCUUCACUUGGCCCAGAAGAUGUUUCUGCCACCAGCCUCACCCCUACUGAGCCAGAGUCAACUCCUGACCGAGCAUGGCGCACCCCUGUGGAUGUUGAUUCUUCCCCUCGUCACGCACCAGAGCCUGACCAUGCACCAGAGCCGACACCUUCCGAAGUGCUGAUCCCUGAGGUUGGCAAACCAUGCCGUGGGAGAAAUGCGAAGGCCAAAGCAAGUUCUGCAAAGGCAAAGAAGGCGGCCAAUCCCAAGAGCUCACCGGAAAAAAAGGCAGCACCCAAAAGCCUGCCAAAGUCACGAGCAACUCGAAAGGCAGCCGCCCCCAAGGCAGCAGCCAAAGCAAAGGUCAAAGCCAUGGGGAAAGGACGAGCCAAGAAAACAAAGAGAUCUGCUGAGGAUGCUGAGAUGGGUGAUGCCGCUUUGGCAUCUGAGAAUGUUGAGAUGGGCCCUGAGGCCACUGAGACUGUUGAGGGCGGUGUGGCUACUACCGCUGAGAUGGGUGCAGGUCUUGCCGUUGAGGCCCGUGAGACUGCUGACAGCACCGUGCACAUGCCUGCUCGCGCGGGGAUGGCUGAGAUGGCUGAGAACACUGAGACCCCUGAGGCCACUGAGCACCGAUAUGCCAAUGGGAUGACUGAGAAGGAAGUUGCAAGGAAGAUGCAUUCGGUAUACUCGACGGCUUGGAAGCUUGAGAAGGACAAAGGCAAGAAAAGGGCAUGUGCUGCAGCAGCUCGCCGCAAGUGGGCCUCUACCUAUGGACCGAAUGAGAGCCUGGCCGUGCAGCGCGUUUUGAGAGAUGUGGUUUAA